AUGGCGCCACCCCGGCCCGACGAGCCCGUCGCUGACUCCAAAGAAGACGGAGGGAGCUCACCCGAGUCCGAUACAGACGAACCGCCGCCGGAAAGACCCGCCGUUGCUGCGCGCAGAUCGGACCUCCACCAGGCCGCAGCAGCGCCGCUGCAGACCACCCCACUCCGAGGUCAAGACCGACCUCGACCACCGCCCCGCGCCGCCCGCCGCCAUCCAGGAGCCGGAUCUAGGAGGAUCGGGCUGGAUCCGCGCCUGCACGCCACCGCCCAGAUCGGGAACCCCGCGGCCGCCACGCCGCAAACGAGCCCGCCGCUCGACGUCGCGUCCCCACCAGGCAACCCCGCUGCCGAACUCCGAGCAUGCCGCCGCGCCGCCAGCCCCGCCAAAGCCCGGCGCCCCCACUCGACCGGCCGUCUUGCGCCAGCCGCGGAGCACGGGGGGGGGGGGGGAGAGGCCCGCCGCCGCCCCCACAAGCCGGGCUUCGCCGACGGUGUCGCUGGGCGGCGGCGAGGGAGGAGAGCAGAGGAGAGGGAGGUCGGGUCGCGGCGGAUAGGGUUCCCCCCGGUCAGUCGCGAGAGCGACACCGGAGGGGAGGGAACGGUCUUCCCCACCUGA